AUGAGUUUCCAACAAUCUGGCUUAAAAGAGAAUAUUCAGUUAUCGAAGGAAACUACUGAAUUGAUUGAAAGUUUAGCCGUUUUUCUUCGUGUUCCUCUAACACCAUCUCAGUUAUUGGUUUGCGUGGAAUUGCUGCAGAAGGGUGUUUCAUAUCGAAGUCUCAUUGACGCUAUAAUUCGUUAUUCUGGAAAGGUUUUUUUUUUUUAUUUCAUUCAGAUUAAAUCUAUUGCCCUUAGUGCGUGCCUUAGUGUCAUUAUAUUAAGUGAAUGUUAG